AAUUCAGCAGAUUCAGCUGCUGGGCCGAGACAUGCGUGGAGCGGAGCAUGAUAAACUAUGGAACCAACUGGAAGCUGAAAUACAUCUCCACCGCCACAAAACUGUCAUUAGAGCAUGUCGUGGGCGCAGCUUGCGCAAGAAGAAGUUGCCGGUUCCUCCAGGUCAUAGUUUCCCAGAGCUGAAAAAGAAGCAUGGUCUUGGAGACACUAGAGUGGUCACUGUUCACAAAGAGCCAGAGGAGGGCUUGGGCAUGUCCAUAACCAUGUUUCAUGCUGUAAGAUCUGGGCAGCUCUAUGUUGGUGAUGCUAUUCUUUCGGUGAAUGGCAUUGACCUUCGUGAAUCUAAACAUGCUGAGGCAGUUAGGAUUCUCAGCCAACAGCAAGGAGAUAUCACACUUGUGGUCAUGUUUGUGGCACCAGAUGAAGACAGCGACGAGGAGAACCACGAAUCUGAAGAUCUCUAUGGCUUUAGAUAUAGAAUAUUUGAUGAGGAUGUCCUGAGCAGUAUAGCACCUGAUGAACAUAAACCACAUUUAAAUGGACCCACUUCACCGUCAGACAGCAACACAAGCAGGAACUCUGUUGCUGGUGACAUUCCUGAGAACCAUAACAACAAUGGCCUGUCAUCUAGUAGCUCCACAACCUCAGCUCAAGCCACUGCUCUAUCAGCCAGCCAGCCCAAUGAAGUAUCAACAUCCAAAUCACAAGCCACAGAGUCUAUCAAAUCUCAGCCUUCAGAUAUCUCUGGUGACCCCACAAAUGGAGGAGUAGAAGGACCUGAAAAUAGUAGUGGGAACAGCAAAUAA